AUGAUUUUGAAGGUUACUCUCUUAGUUGUUCUUGUCCAGUGCACACAAACCUCAAGCACCAGCAAGGUGAACGUAAAAAGUGUUGAAGUGAACAGAGAUAGACACAAUGCACCCGAGUAUGCUCGUUCGGAUAUUCUCACAUUCAUUUUAAUAUACACCAGUAUUUUAUCAAAAUAUUAUGUUCCAGCACUAGUAAAUGUAAAGCAGACAGAAGAUGAAGUGGCAAGGAAAAAUACCGUGGUUGACGAUGCACUAAAGUCUGAAAUACUGAAGUUUAAAACAAAUAAAAAUCCAUACUUGGGGAGAUUUGAUAUUCAUUUACAUGACGAAGACAUCCGAAAAUUCGAAAGAUGCUCUGACUUUCUUAUAUCACUAAUUAACAACAAUUUCUUCAUUACAAAGGAGAAGAUAGAAGCAUUUGCAGACGACGACUUUAAGAAACAGACACUUGCAGACAAAGAUUUUAAGAAACAAGCAAUAAUGCAGGGAGAUUUGUCCAUUCUUAAGAUCGUUUAUAAUCUAAACAGUCAGUAUGACGUAUUCAGCCCGCCCUUAAGCAUCCCAGUAAAAAAUUUACUUGUAAAAAUUUUUGCAGAGCUAAAAUACCAUAUUGAGAUAGUCAGUACAGUUAUAAACAAAUCUGACAGUGACAAGCUGGAAAGCAGUCUAAAUGUAGCUUAUGACAGUCUUAUAUCUUUGUUGUAUUUCUUUGUCUACGAUGAGAAAUAUAAAAAAGACUUGAUUCCUCAGAACCUAGGCAUGCUACUUGAUAAGGUGUUUAAGUCAGUAGGGGAGGAUUAUAAAAAAUUGGAAAAAAAAUUUUUGACAGAACAUGAACUUUUAAAGAAGUGUUUAUUUACUGAAAAAUGGAGCCUUAAGAAACAAAUCGAAGUAAAAAGAAGAGCUGAGAUAAGCAACUAUGGUGAUUAUUUGCGGAGUGCCCUACAAUCAAGCCUGUACAUCAUUGCUGUUGAUCUAGAAUUAAUAUAUACCAUUGCACAUGUCGUGAGUAACCUUAUUCUCCUAUUUGAUAAUGAGUAUCUUACGAUAUUGGGAAACAGAGUGUCAGACUAUUACUUCUUCCCAGGUAUAUCGUAUGCAUACUUCUAUAAUUUAAUGUUUCCAAACACUAGGAAGACCACACAGUCAAAUGGCGAGAAAUUCUUCAAGUCCCUGAGAAUCCUGUCAUCAAAGCUUAUGGCCUUUACACUAAAAAGGUAUCUGAGUGAUGAUGAGAAAGAAAAGCUGAAAGGGGGCUUAAUAUCAAGGUUUCCAGACAUUUACAUAGAAAAGACGGCAGAAGAAAAACCAAAAGACGUAAUACAAGUAGAAGAAGAAGCAAAACCAAAUAUAAUACAAGUAGAAGAAGUGAAUCUAGACACAGACCAGACAGGAUAUGAUGAAAUAAUGGCAGAGAUUGAGGACAUUAUUGAAAUACUAUCAGAAGAUCAAAAUUUAAGGUUAAUUGAAAUGUCAAAAAGUGCUGGCAAAGAAGCAUCAACGUUAAUUUCAGCUGUGGCUGAACUGAAGACAGCUCAGAGCAACACAAAAGUUGUAAAAUUUACCCUCUUAAUAAUGGUCUGUGUUGAUGUUUUAAUGAUUGGGUUGUUAAUAUUUUAUAUGAUGGGGAGCAAUUGA